GAGGAGUUAGGAGCCGGCGCAAAAGUUUCCUCCCAACUCUGGCCCCGCGCUCCGCCGCCGCCCACUCUAGCCCGGGGCCUGGGGCUGGCCCUGCCACGGUCACCAGAACCAAGGCUAGGGCCAGGGCUGGGCAGGCCGGCAGUUUCGAUUUGGCGGGCGCAGAUCAGCCGGCCUCGGCCCUAGCAGAAACCGGAGCGGGGGGGCGGGGGGAGCCGCGGUGUCCUGGGCCGCCGGCCACCUGGGAGGUAGCCCUUUUGGUUGCCACCCUCUCCCGAAGUUCCCACCUGCCCUUGGCCUCCUGCUUUGAUUGUGGGUCGCAGCAGCGAGCUCCUGGCCCGGAGAGGGCGCCCGGAGAGGCUCCCCGGGGCUCCGGGCCCGCCCGCGCCAGGCGUUCCCUGAGGUGGGGGCUGAGCCCGCAGGACUAAGACACCUGUUCAGCCGUCCCCGCGUGGUCACCGGGGACCAGGAUGAAAGUGACCGUGUGCUUCGGCAGGACCGGCAUCGUCGUGCCCUGCAAGGAGGGCCAACUGCGCGUUCGGGAGCUCACCCAGCAGGCGCUGCAGCGGUACCUGAAGACCCGGGAGAAGGAUCCUGGCUAUUGGGUGAAGAUUCACCACUUAGAAUAUACAGAUGGAGGAAUCCUGGAUCCAGAUGAUGUCUUGGCAGAUGUUGUUGAAGACAAAGAUAGGUUGAUUGCUGUGUUUGACGAGCAAGAACCACUCCAUAAGACGGAGAGCCCCAGUGGAAACCCUGCAGAUCCACAGAGCCCAGAUGCUAUUGAGACGGAAGUAGCUGCCCAACUGGCUGUGUUUAAACCAAUUGGUGGGGAAAUUGAAGUAACCCCUUCUGCUCUGAAACUAGGCACUCCACUGCUGGUGAGGAGAAGCAGUGACCCAGUGCCAGGGCUGCCUGCUGACACCCAGCCAACCGCGUCACACCCUGGUGGCCAGAGUCUGAAACCUGUUGUUUCUGAUUCCACACACAACUUGGAAGACAGAGAAGUUAUGAAUGGUGUACAGACGGAACUACUCACAUCGCCAAAAACUAAGGAUGGAUUGAGUGAUAUGACAAGAGCAGUGGAGAUUUCUGGGGAAGGAGGCCCCUUAGGAAUACAUGUAGUGCCUUUCUAUUCAUCUCUAAGUGGAAGGAUUCUAGGACUCUUUAUUCGAGGCAUUGAAGAAAACAGCAGGUCCAAGCGGGAUGGAUUAUUUCAUGAAAAUGAAUGUAUUGUAAAAAUCAACAAUGUGGAUCUUGUAGACAAAACCUUUGCUCAGGCACAAGACGUCUUUCGUCAGGCGAUGAAAUCUCCAAGUGUAUUCCUAAGUGUGCUUCCACCUCAAAAUCGUGAACAGUAUGAAAAAUCAGUCAUUGGACCUCUUAAUAUUUUUGGUAACAAUGAUGGCAUUUUGAAAACAAAAGUACCACCACCUGUUCAUGGAAAAUCAGGACUAAAGACAAUGAAUCUCACAGGAACAAAUAGUCCUGAAGCAGAUGCAUCUACUUCCCUGCAACAAAGCAAGAGCCCUCGAGUACCAAGGGCAGGAAGAAAGCCAUCCUCUCCCUCACUCUCCCCACUCAUGGGAUUUGGGAGCAAGAAAAAUGCAAAGAAAAUUAAGAUUGACCUAAAGAAAGGCCCUGAAGGACUGGGUUUUACUGUGGUCACCAGAGACUCUUCCAUACACGGUCCUGGUCCCAUUUUUGUAAAAAACAUUUUACCGAAGGGAGCAGCAAUAAAAGAUGGCCGCCUACAGUCUGGGGACAGAAUUUUAGAGGUAAAUGGCAGAGAUGUCACUGGAAGAACCCAGGAAGAGCUGGUGGCCAUGCUACGGAGCACCAAGCAAGGGGAGACAGCAUCACUAGUCAUUGCCCGCCAAGAAGGAAGUUUUCUGCCCAGAGAGCUGAAAGGAGAGCCCGACUGCUAUGCACUCUCUCUGGAGACAACUGAGCAGCUCACCUUUGAGAUCCCCCUGAAUGACUCUGGGUCUGCUGGCCUUGGAGUGAGCUUGAAAGGAAACAAAUCUCGAGAAACUGGAACAGACCUGGGGAUUUUUAUCAAGUCUGUCAUCCAUGGAGGUGCUGCUUUUAAGGACGGCCGUCUGCGAGUGAAUGACCAGCUGAUUGCAGUUAAUGGGGAGUCUCUUUUGGGAAAGUCCAACCACGAAGCUAUGGAAACACUUAGACGGUCAAUGUCCAUGGAAGGAAACAUACGAGGGAUGAUCCAGUUGGUGAUUCUGAGGAGGCCAGAGAGACCAACAGAGGAACCUGUAGAGUGUGGGGCAUUUUCCAAGCCAAGCUUUGAGAACUGUCAAAACGCUGUAACUGCCUCCAAGCGAAAUGAUAAUAGUACCCUGCCUCUCUUUGGCACUUACAGUCCGCAAGAUAAACAGAAAGACCUAUUGCUGCCCAGUGACGGAUGGGCUGAGAGUGAAGUACCACCUUCUCCACCACCACAUUCUGGUCUGGAAUUGGGCCUGGAAGAUUACAGCCACAGCUCUGGAGUGGAGUCGACAAUAUACUUUCCAGAUCAGCACAUCAACUUCAGAUCUGUGACACCAGCCAGGCAGCCUGAAUCAAUUAAUCUGAAAGCCUCAAAGAGCAUGGACCUUGUGCCAGAUGAAAGCAAAGUUCAUUCAUUGGCUGGACACAAAUUGGAAUCACCAAGCAACGAUUUGGGCCCAACUCUGGGUUUGAAAAAAUCUAGUUCCUUGGAGAGUCUACAGACUGCCGUGGCUGAGGUCAGGAAGAACGAGCUUCCCUUUCACAGGCCCCGGCCGCACAUGGUCCGAGGCCGAGGCUGCAACGAGAGCUUCAGAGCAGCCAUUGACAAAUCUUAUGAUGGCCCCGAAGAAUUUGAAGCUGAUGGUCUGUCUGAUAAGAGCUCUCACUCUGGCCAAGGAGCUCUGAAUUGUGAAUCCGCCCCUCAGGGGAACUCUGAGCUAGAGGACGUUGAAAAUAAAGCCAGAAAAGUCAAAAAAAACAAAGAGAAGGAGAAGAAAAAGGAAAAGGGCAAGUUAAAAGUCAAGGAGAAAAAGCGAAAAGAGGAAAAUGAAGACCCGGAAAGGAAAAUAAAGAGGAAGGGACUUGGGGCCAUGCUGAGAUUUGCAAAGAAGAAAGAUGAUAAGGGUGGAAAGGCUGAGCAGAAAGGUACUCUGAAGCAUGGUGGCCUAAGAGAAGAGGAAUUGGAAAAAAUGAAAGAAGAACGGGAAAGGAUUGGAGCAAAACAUCAAGAGCUAAGGGAAAAACAGGCAAGAGGUCUUGUUGAUUAUGCGACUGGCGCAAUUGGAUCAGUGCAUGAUAUGGAUGAUGAUGAAAUGGACCCCAAUUAUGCCAGAGUCAAUCACUUUCGAGAACCAUGUACAUCAGCAAAUGUCUUUAGAUCUCCAUCUCCUCCUAGAGUUGGACCACUUGGUUACCCUCGAGAUGGCCGUCCCUUGUCUCCAGAGAGAGAUCACUUAGAAGGUCUUUAUGCCAAGGUCAACAAGCCAUAUCAUCCACCGGCUCCAGCUGACAGUGGCCGUCCCAUGGGUGGAAGCACUGACCGCAUCCAGAAGUUGCGGAAGGAGUAUUAUCAGGCUCGGAGAGAAGGUUUCCCUUUAUAUGAAGAUGAGGAAGGAAGAGCCAGACCAUCUGAUUAUGAACUCCACUGGGUGUCUGGAAAGGGUCCAGAUGGGAAUGCACACAACCUCCGCUUCGAGGGGAUGGAGAGGCAGUAUGCAUCCUUACCCAGGGGAGGUCCAGCAGAUCCUAUAGAUUAUCUGACUGCAGCACCUCAAGGGCUCUACAAAAAAAGGGAGCUUCCAUAUUACCCAGGACCUCAUCCUGUACAUCCACCCAAAGGGAGCUAUCCCCGCCCCCCAGAUCUGAGGGUGGCAGACUUCCGGUAUCCACAAUACUACCCACCUCCUCCAGCCCCCCAGCACAAAGGACCCUUUCGACAAGAUGUCCCACCUUCCCCUCCUCAGCACCAAAGAGUGCCAGCCUAUCAGGAAAUGGGCAGACCAGGGCCCCGUGGGGGCAGUCCAGACCAGUACCCUUACAGGACCCAGGAUCCCCGGCAGAAGAACCCCAUGACUGCAGCUGUAUAGCUGAACACCACUGAGAUCUGCCUCGCCCGGAAAGGAAGACAUGUAGCACCAACUUGCCCUUCCUUGCUCUUAAGGUCUUCUUAAGAUCUGCUGUUAAGAAAUCUCCAUGGUACAAAAUCACUUUUUCUCACUGAAGUUGCAAAGCUUUGCUAAUCAGAAAAAAAAAAAAAAGAAGAAGAAGAAGGGACAGGAGUUUGACAGGAGUUUGUAAAGGAAAAAACUCAGAAGGAAGAAGAAAGAUGGAGCCAUAAAAACAAUACCACCUGAUAUUUGAAAAGCUUUCAGAAUUAUUUAA